AUGCCCCGCUACACACCCUCCCACAACGUCGUCCCCCCCGAAAUCUUCAUCGACUUCGAAUCCCACUACCGCGAACUCUACGAGCUCGUAGUCCACUACCGCAAUGCUCUUGGUAACGACUCUAUCUUGGGUAUUCUGCGCACUGCUCUCGACGAUGUCGUUGCGCGAAUUGAGGAAGCAUUGCGUUUGAAAACUUUGGUUAUGCGAUGUCAUUUUUAUGGGAGAUCGAGAAUUCGUGGAAAGUACAAGCAAUUACUCCUUACGUUGAGAGCUAUCCAGACGGAUUUGUUGGAGUGUAUGUAUAUUUAUGAUGGGAAUUGA